AGGGGAACAUUUUUGUCUGGCACCAGCUCAACCAGGAAGUGUUUUUAUUCACUCGUCGAUGUAUCUAAGAUUAAAAAUCACAGAGUACAGAUAAAAGAUAUUAGAAAAAUGUUCUUUGGAUAUGCACUGUAUCGUUGCGUGUACUGUUACUGUCGCAAUUUUGAGCCCGUACAGAUUUUUAAAAGAAAUACCAACUGAAAAUGUACGCUUUUGCUUGGGGAAAGUAACCGGACGGCUCCACUCAUAAGAAUAAAUGGAGGGGCCGUCGGAAAACACCGCGGGCGAUCAACCGCCGAUCGUCGCCGCUCAAGUCCCCUUCCUUCACCUGUGCAAUACUUUAGAAAAAAUCCAGAAAUCGAAACUGCGCCCAGAAAAGUCCAAGACCCUCGGGGAUUUCAUCGCGUCAUGGAGAACGUUCCACGCCGCCCUGCAUAAGGAUGAUCCCAAAACAACCGACUCUUUCUACCCGGCGAUGCGUCUCAUCGUUCCCUCAUUCGAGCGCGAGCGAAUGGCUUACGGCAUCAAAGAAAACAUGCUCGCUAAACUUUACAUCGACGUAUUAUGCCUCCCGAAAAACGGUCCCGAAGCCAACAAGCUCUUGAACUACCGCACACCGACCGCGUCUCAAGGGGAAUCCGGAGACUUUGCCGGCAUGGCGUACUUUGUGCUGAAGAAGCGCUGCGCCGGUCAGGGGAAGCUCAGCAUCAAGGAGGUCAACGAUUUUCUCGACUCGGUUGCGCUCAACAACGCGAGCAAGAAGAAAGACCUCGUGAGAAGCGGCCUGCUGCACCUCAUCACGCAGAGCUCGGCCCUUGAGCAAAAAUGGCUGAUCCGAAUGAUCCUGAAGGACAUGAAGCUCGGCGUGAGCAAGGAAACGGUCCUUCAAGUCUUCCACCCGGAUGCCGCCGAGCUCUACAACGUGACCACGGAUUUGGACAAAGUGUGCCGGCAGCUCCACGAUCCUUCGGUGUCUCUGAGCGAAGUUUCCAUCGGACUUUUCUCCGCCUUCAAACCCAUGUUGGCCGCCGUGGCGAACAUCGGCGGCGUCGAGAAGCAGAUGGCGAACGGGCCUUUUUACAUCGAAACCAAGCUGGACGGGGAACGCGUACAACUCCACAAAGAUGGCGACGUGUACAAGUACUUCAGUCGCAACGCCUUCGACUACACGCAGCAGUUCGGCGGCUCGCCGCGCCAGGGUUCGCUGACGCCGCACAUCCACGGCGUCUUCCGGAGCCACGUCGUCAAUUGCAUCCUGGACGGGGAGAUGAUGGCUUACGACCCGAGCGCCAAGACUUUCAUGCAGAAAGGGAGCAAAUUCGACAUCAAGAGACUGGCGGACGAUUCCGAGUUGCAGACUUGCUUCUGCGUCUUCGACGUGCUCUUGGUCAACUCCCGGAAGCUCGGCGCGGAAACGCUGAAGAAGCGCGAUGAGAUCCUGCGGACGAUUUUCACACCGCUGACCGGACGCAUCCACUUGGUGGCCAAAACGGAAGCCCGGACGGCGCAGGACGUGGUGAAUUCCCUCAACGACGCCAUCGACCAGCGAGAAGAAGGCAUCAUGGUGAAGGAUCCUCGCUCCGUCUACAAACCGGACAAGCGAGGCGAAGGCUGGCUGAAGAUCAAACCGGAAUACGUGGGGGGCCUGAUGGACGAGCUGGACGUUCUGAUCGUCGGCGGCUACUGGGGGAAAGGGAAGAGGGCCGGCAUGAUGUCCCAUUUCCUGUGCGCCGUGGCGGAAGCUCCGGCGCCCGGCGAUAGACCUUCGGUUUUCCACACGCUCUGUCGCAUCGGCUCCGGCUACACCAUGAAGGAACUGUACGAGCUGGGCUUGAAGCUGGCCAAGCACUGGAAGGUCUACCGCAAAAACGACCCGCCGGCCGACAUCCUGUGCGCCGGCGAGAAACCCGAGGUGUACAUCGAGCCUCGCAACUCGGUCAUCCUUCAGGUGAAGGCGGCCGAGAUCGUCGCCAGCGACGUGUACAAAACCAACUGCACCCUGCGCUUCCCGAGGAUCGAGAAGAUCCGCCACGACAAGGAGUGGCACCAGUGCAUCACCCUGGACGAGUUGGAGCGGCUGCGCGGGAAGGCCUCGGGGAAACUGGCCUCGCGACACCUUUGCAUCGGCGCCGCCGCCGACCCGCCGAGAAAAAGACCCAAGCGGCCCGCCGGAUCCAAGAAGGCGCUCGGUGAACUCUUCAAGCCGCAGGAUCUCUCCGGGGUCACCAAGGAGACGGACAUCUUUGAGGACGUGGAGUUCUGCAUCCUCAACGGGACCGACGAUCACCCCAAGGCCGAGUUGGAGAAAGCCGUGGCCAGGUGCGGCGGUUUCGUCGUUCAGAACCCGGGGCCGGAAACCUACUGCGUCAUAGCCGGACUGGAGAACGCGCGGGUGAGGAAUCUGAUUUUGUCCGACCGGCACGACGUGGUGCGGGCCCCCUGGCUGGUGGAGUGUCUGGAGCGGAAGCGGGUGCUGGCGUGGCAGCCGCGCCACAUGAUCCACAUGUCGCCCUCCACCAAGGAACGCUUCGCCGAGGCCUACGACGGCUACGGCGACGGCUACUUCCUGGACACGGACGAACGGCAGCUGCGGGAAGCGUUCGGCCGCGCGGGAGGGGCGGGCGGCCUGGUGGCCGUCGACGUCGGCCGAGUCGAGGAGCGUUACGGCUGGGGCGACCUUCCCACCAGUAUGUUCAGACCUUUCAGGGUUUACAUGGACCGCUACGCCGACGCGGACGAGCCCGCCGGCGUCAUUUCCGCAAGCGUGUUGGAUAUCAGGGCCCUGGAGUUUCGUUACCACGGAGGCGCAGUGGUCGAGAAGUUGGAGGAAGGCGUGUCGCACGUGGUCGUUACGGCCGAAAGCGGACUGGAGCGUUUGAGGGGAUUGAGGCGCGGCUUUCGAAAGAAGUUCAAAAUCGUCAGAGAUUCUUGGGUGACGGACUCGAUCCGAGCGGGACGCUUGAUGAACGACGACAACUAUUUAGUCUGAAAAGCCUUCCCUGGGAUAUGCGGCGGCUUUGGAAUUCCGCCUUGUGAAUGAUGAUUUAUUUGUCGUCCGGUGUCGUGGGAUGGACAGAAAUUGAGGACCUUGCCGAUGGACAGAAAUUGAGGACCUUGCCGAUGGACAGAAAUUGAGGACCUUGCCGCCGAUGAUCCCGAUUGGACUUUUUAAAAGCUCAGCGAGUUUGUGGACAUUUUUUUUGUCUUGGACAAAAAUCAAAUAAUUCAGAAUCAACGCAUUGUUCGGCGAGUCAAAUCAUGUCAAAAUAUUUUUUAAAAAUAUGAAAUUAGUCUUCCUUUCGAGUAACCUCGACAUCAUACAUGAGAGUUUGAUGACUUUCCAGGGGUUUCGCGCUUCGCUUUUUAGAGUCGCGUUUCAUUUUAUUACAAAAUCCCGAAAGCAAUUCGUGCACUACUGAGAUAUUCUGGACUUUCUGAUAUUUCCCAUCAUGCAACUGUCAUGGCUCAUCACAUGUAGCUCACUUGGGUUUUUAAUCGUCUCCCUCUAGAUUCCUGUAGUCCACACGCUUUUUGUCACGUGGGGGAAAUUUGGAUGUGUAAAAUGAAUUCUUUUCCAAUGCAUGUAAUGGCGGCAUUUAAAAAAAAAAGAAAAUAAA